UCCCAGUAAUGAAAGGCCUCCUUCCCUUUGCUCGCAGCGGCCUUUCAGGCCGCUAGAGCGCUCAUGGUGGUGCCCCUCGUGCUGGGCUUCAUGGCCAUGUUCGUGGCCACGAUGGACAUGAAGUGCACACGCUGUGGGGGAGACGACAAAGUGAAAAAGGCCCGUAUAGCCAUGACCGGAGGCACCAUUUUCAUCGUGGCCGGUCUGGCUGCUUUGAUAGCUUGCUCCUGGUACGACCAUAAGAUCAUCACAGGCUUUUAUAACCCUUUGGUCCCCAUGAAUACUAAGGACGAGGUUGGUCCUGCCGUCUUCAUCGGCUGGGCAGGGCCUGCUCUGGUCCUCUUGGGAGGUGCAAUGCUCUCUUGCUCCUGCCCUGAGAGUGAGGGCAAAGCUAGGUAUGGUGCGCCCCGCUCCUACUCUAAGCCGAGCUCUGCCAAGGCCCCAACACUGCUGACUCUUGAAGACUCAGGUACUUGGUUUCCUUAA